AAGUUGAUUUUUGAAAAUUGGUACCCUUAAACAUUAAUUAGGCCAAAAUUUAGGACUCGGAUUAUUAUUUUCCUUCUUUGCAACGAGGGAGUAUAUAUUUUUGAUUUACGAGGAAUUUGGCUAAAAAGUUCAUUUGGGCAAUCUGGGCUAAUUGAACAUUUUUUCCCUUUUUUGUUUUUUCUUUUUUUCCCCUCCCCUCUUAUUGCACUCUCUCUUCCCCCACUUCGUAACUCUAACCCUAGUCUUUUCUCAAUUUCACUUACCUUUUUCUUUUUAAUUGUUCCUGUGAUUGCCUGCAACCAAAUUCUCGUUGAAAAAUAUAACCGAAGCACCUAAUUCUAAUUUCUCGAUCCGAUCAAAUCCUUGUUUUUCGCAUAGCGUAAAUAGAAAUUUGAAACUGAUCGGAAGAACACUUGGCUGAUAGAUGAUGGAUCCUUUUACAAACAAGAACUAGAAAGCCAUCCGUACAUUUGAAGGUUCUAUCAGCCACUAACCAGCAUGGAAUUAGCUGACAGAGCAGUUGGAUUUUUUUUAUCAUUUAUAAGUUUAUCUAUCUUCACCUAUUAUACUUUCUGGGUUAUUAUUCUGCCAUUCGUCGACAGCGAUCAUUUUAUCCACCAGUAUUUCCUGCCACUGGAAUUUGCCAUAUUGAUACCUUUAGUUGCUGGGGUUGCGCUUUUCUGCUUCUUAUGCGUGUUUGUUGGAAUUGUGAUGGUUAAAUCCAAAAAGAAGAAAGCAUAAUGAAAAUGCUGUUGCCUGUCUCCAUUUAUCCUUCUAAAUUCUAGAACUCCACACCUUUCUUUCUCAUUUAAACAAUAUCUUUGUCAUUAGCAUGAAAAUGUUUAGCAACAUGUUUAAACAUUUUUUUUUUUUUUGCAAUAGAUUUUUGCUCUGAAGUCUCAUUUAUGUAAUUGACUACUGUUUUAGUGUCCUGACAAACAAACUAUUGCCAUGUUUCAUUUCUGAAAUAGUUGAAUUGUUGAUGACAUAAUUCUGCUGUCAAGAUUCUAGUCA